UUCUGUCAAUUGAAUAACCUAACCUCGACCUUACAGAUGAAAAUUGGCUGUGAAAUAAAUGUCAAACUGAAGUAAAAUUUUAUUAUUAUGAUUAACUUACAAGAUUUGAAGAGUUAUUAAUACAUCAGUAGUUGUUUGAAAGGCCAUUUGUUCACCUAAAAUAAUAUUACCAACAACAUGAAAUUCCAUAAAUUAUCCAUUUGGUUAUCAUGGUGCCUGCUAACACUUUGGUCUCCUAUUAAUGCCAAUGGUGAUAAUGUAAAACCUGAGCUCAAGACUAGCAAUAAUUUUAAAAGUUCAUUACAGAACUCAAAUACUAUAUCAUCAAACAACGAGAUUUUGUAUGAAACCUGCUCUGCCGAAGAUUUUAGUUGUUUAUCAACAGCAGCAAAUGAUAAAGCGGGCUUAGAGGCAAUUAUUUCGUUGCAUAAAAAGUUGGAUGAUGAUGAGAAUGGCAAUGUUGACUUAUCUGAAUCUGAUGAUUUUUUGCGGGAGGAACUUAAGUAUGAUUCGGGUUAUGAAAAAAGACAAAAAGCCUUUCAUAGAAAUGAUAAUCAUAUAUCUGCAAAAGAACUAUGGGAUGCAUGGUUGAAAUCAGAAGUUCACAAUUGGACUGUUGAGCAAACUACUGAAUGGUUAACUUCUAGUGUUGGCUUACCCCAAUAUAUUCUCAAUUUUGUUCAGAAUAAGGUAACAGGAAUUCAUCUACCGAGGAUGGCAGUGAAUAAUAAUUAUUUAAGCAGUAUAGGAAUUAAGGAUCCUAUUCAUAAGCAGAAGAUUUCGCUGAAAGCUAUGGAUGUUGUUUUGUUUGGUCCCCCAAAAGAUGGUCAAUACUGGAAAGAUGUGAUCCUCAUAGCGUUAGUAAUAAGUUUAGGUGUUGGUUUCUGGUAUGGCGUGCAGCAAAAUAAAAAGUUUAAGGAACAUUUGAAUCGCAUGAACAAGGACAUGGACAGCUUGCAGAACGCCGAGAAGGCGCUGCAAAGUCUUCAGCAAGAACUGGUCGAGAAAGAGAGUAGGGAAAAGAAAAAUUUGGAGAAGAACACCGACGAUUCUGAAACUCUCAGUAAUUCGUGCUCCGAUCUGGAGAUUUCGCAGCUCAAAGCGGAGAUAGCGAUGUUGAGAACGGAGUUACAAAUUGCUGAAGGAGAGCUGAAAGAUCGAUGUUGGGCUCCUCCAUUAGCUCUCCAACAAUGGCUUCAAUUAACUUAUGAGGUUGAAAAUAGAUCUUAUGUCAAGAAGAAGGUAAUAGCAGAGAAACAAUUGCAGCAAGCGAGAGAAGCGUGUGAAAAAUUACGAAAGAAGCGUUCUAGUCUUAUAGGCGCUUUCGUAUCUACCCAUGGAAAGUCUAUAGACGAAGUAGACCGCAGUAUUGUCGAAGCCCGCACAGCCCUAAAUGAAGUGACGCAAGAACUACAGGAGCGCGUGCAGAGAUGGAAGCAGAUUGAGCAGCUAUGUGGAUUCAGUAUAAUGAACAAUAACGGGUUUCAAUAUCUGGAAAGUGCGUUGUACAGGAAUGGUAGAAGUCUUGGAAGCAAAGGACGACUGAACAGCGCAGAUGAUUUAGACGAUGAUACUGGAUCCAUAUACGCGGGCCACCAAGGUUGUGCGGACCCCUCAAACGAUCAAUCUUGGAGGGAGGAUCCUUCUUCGGAGAGCGAUCUCAGCAAGCAGGAGGAUGAUAGCUCUUUCAAAUCCAGGAGUUCCAAUCAAAAUAAUGUCAAAUUCGUAUUGGGAGAUGACAGCAGUGCACCUUCUCAAGACAACGCAUUAAAUAGUAAGAUAAGUAGAGUGAGCAUGAUACCGAGAGCAGCAAGCAGUGGUAACAACUCGACAACUGCGAAAAACGCAGCUUCCAUGAAAAAAUCCUACUCUCACGAUGUGAAUCUCUCUCUUCUUCCGUCCGUUCCGAAAUCUGUCGAGUUCGAGUUUGCCAGUUCGACGGAUUCCCUAGCUCAAAAAUCUAUGCAGACCAAAGAACAGAGCUCAGCAUCUCUAGAAGAUGAUAUUUGUUCAACGGAUUCCUCUUUGUUAGAAGAAGAAUUGAAGAGGAGGAAGAGGAAAUUUUUCAAUCUCAAGAAGAAAAAAUAAGAGGUUUGAAUGAUCUGAUGUACUUAAAUCGAUAUCUGGUUGUGAUGAAAAAAAAAUUACGGUUUUGACCCCAAUUUGUCCCUUGAAAGACAUUCUGCUUGUGAUAAAACGGUCCUAUUCAAUUUAUGUUUGUGAAGAGAAUGUCUCGUUUUCAUUGUACAUAACUUUUAGAUAAUUAUACAGUAGGUAUUGGAUAAUCAAUUUUUAUAAUUUAAACAUAUUUAAUUUGAAGUUUAUGGAACGUGUUACCUCUGGGACGGAAAGUCCAGAUUUGAGGUGAAUCAAUCUCAUUAUGUAUUCUUUAAAAUCAAUAGGGAUCUUUAUCUAGUGCCUUUUAUAUAAACUAAGUGAGAACUGUACUUAAUAUGGAUUAUUUAAUUGACGAAUCUUUCUGUUCGAAAAAAAUGCUACUUCCAGUAUUAAUGGGAAACGUUUAUAUGCACAAUCCAGUCUUAAAAUUUCCUUCUCCUCUGAUUUAACCCGCUGUUAUCAUUCUUUAGAGAAAAUUGCGAAUUUGUGGUAAAAUUAACGCUUAAUUUCAUAGCCAAAUAUUUCUGACAAUUUUCGGAGCGUUUUUAAAUAUACAUUUGAAUUGUU